GGGGGCGCUGCCGCGGGAGGAGCGCUCCGUCUCUCGGUGAAGCUGCGGCUGGCAGCGCGGAACCCGGGGAACCGAGGGGGCGAUGGGCGGUUCUCAGAGCACCGACAUCCCCAGCGGGGGCAACGAGGGCUUCCACGUACACGGAGUCCAAGAUAAUUCUCCAGCCCAAAAAGCUGGCUUGGAACCAUUCUUUGACUUCAUCCUCACCAUUGGAAAUACUAGGCUGAACAAGGAUAAUGACACUUUUAAGGACCUGCUAAAAGCCAAUGCCGAGAAGCCGGUGAAGUUGGAGGUAUACAGCACAAAGGCUGCAAAGGUUCGGGAGGUGGAGGUUGUCCCCAGUAACAUGUGGGGUGGGCAGGGUCUGCUGGGAGCCAGCGUCCGCUUCUGCAGUUUUGAAGGUGCUCAUGAACAUAUCUGGCAUGUGCUGGAUAUUGAACCAAAUUCGCCAGCAGCCCUGGCAGGUCUCCAGCCUCACACUGAUUACAUCAUUGGUGCAGAUCAAGUAAUGCAAGAGUCUGAAGAUUUUUUCAACCUGGUUGAGGCAUUUGAAGGAAAGCCCUUGAAACUUCUGGUUUAUAAUAGUGAGACAGAUUCCACCAGAGAUGUUAUGGUUACACCCAAUGGUGCCUGGGGAGGAGAAGGAAGUUUGGGUUGUGGCAUCGGAUACGGUUAUUUGCACAGAAUCCCCUCCCGACCUGUUGUGCCAGAGAAGAAGAUUGAGAUUCCAGCACCUCCUGUGGCAAGUGCUGUACCUGUGAGUCCAGAAAAUGGAUACACGGAGGCACCAUUGGUAGCCGCCAGCUUACCGACUGACAAAACGGUUGAGAGUUCAGGCUUGGAGCAGGGACUGGCAGAUCUGACGGUGGAAAACUCCCUUCUUCCUCCUCCUAUACAACGCGUCAUGGAUCCAGGUUUUCCGGCUGGAUCCAUGGAUGUCCCUGUAACUCAUGACUUAUCCAAAAUAUUGAAUGCGUCACUGUCCUCAUCGUCCUCAUCCACCUUUAAUGCAACAACAGAAAGCAAUACUGGAACGGAUGGGUUCCUCACCAAUGAAGAGCUUGAUUUUCACUCUGACCAAGGUGGUGCAGUGACUCCCGAGGGUCUAACAUCUGUUAGUUCAGUGCCACGUGCUGCUGCUUCCUCAAUGGUACGAGAAUCGGAUCAGGAGCUCUCGGAUGUGACUGCCACUUCGCUUCCCACCUCUGCUGAGAUGUUGCCAGAUAUGCAUCCAGACAUCGCCCACACGGAGUCUCCACCGGACGACGGGAAGGAGCCGCCAUCGCAAGGGGAAGAUGCAACCACCCAUGAUCCCCAAUUGACCAAAGAUGAAGCAGGCGAAUCGUUGGGUUGAGGAGACUGCACAGACGACGCACAGCAGCAAAUUAGACUUUUAUGGUGGCUAAUAGCUUUACCUGGGUUUACUUUUAAAAGUAUCUAACUGAUAACUAUUGUGGGGAAAAAAAAGCAAGCAGUUGUAUUUGGGCCUGUUUCUUUGCUCCUUGUCUGUAGGAAAUAACACUGAUGAUUUCAUGACUUUUGCCACAGUACAGGAUGUCUGAAGUUACUUGUUCACAGUGCAAGAAGCAGUAAGGAAUAUUUCACUGAUAGUUUUUGCUACUGUUUGCUAAAUCAUGGUUCUGACCACAGGCCUCCCUUUCCUAAAAAUGGUUAUCUUAAUUUUUAUAUUGUUCAGAAUAAUUUUAAAACUACAGUCUGAUGUUCAGGGGAACAUGGUGAAUGGAAGGUCCUAAUGAAAGUUUAUUUUAAGCUUUUGCCUUUUGGAUGUAUUUUUCCUCAGUGCAACACUACCGUAUCAAUAUAGGAUCAGUGCAAUCAGAUUCCUGGAUAGAAUGGAAUUUAAGGCAGUGGAAAUGAUCAAAAAGACUAGAAGAGUUCAUGAACUUUAGAAAUAUAUUGGGGACUUCUUCUGAUCACUUUGAUUAUUAAGUUGCUCAAUUUUAUUCUCUCUCUUUCAAGCUGAGUGCAGGCAGUUUGCUCAGAAUAUUGUUACUGUUUGAAGGAAAUGUUGCUUGUUGAAAGUUGGACCCUACCAUCAAGAUGACUGAGAUGGAAGUGCAGGUAGAGUAAAUAUAAGUUUAGAAUGUAACACAGUAUUAGCUGUCAGUCUAUACCACAGUUCCAGGGUUUCUAUGAUUUUUCUUUCAUAAUUAAUGAAAAAUAAAAUCCUGGGAUUACAAUUUCUCUCUUUUCCCAUAGAUAAACUUGUCAAAAGAAGAUGUUCUGUAGAAAGUUCAAGUCCAUUGGCUCUGGGUCAAAUAAGUUGCAGAACAAUAUCUCUUCCAAAAUACCAUUGAAGUAGUGAAACCUAAUUAUCUCCCUGAGUAACACAGUGUCCCACUCACAGGUACGGAAUUACAGGGAAGGAAAUGGACAUUGAUAUCCUAUUCUGUGUUUACAUGCUAGUCCUGUAUCACUCAGCUUAAGGGACAGCUCAGCCAUUGUGUUAACUGGUUGCCAUACUUAAGGCCAAAAAGAAAAUGGCAAGCAAUUGAUUUUUGCACUGACUUUCCCCUUACUAUGAAAAUUCAUAUCUAUGCAAACCUUAUGAUUUUUGGGUAACAAUUUUCAUUCUUUUACUUUCUGCUUUAUUGAGGCAACAGGAGGAUUGGUCAAUCUUCUCACAGUUGUCAGCAGGCUGUCUGGUACCAUAGUUAGGUCCAAUUCUGAUCCACCUGAUGGCUUCCUACAAGUAAAUUCCAGCAGUAAUCACUGAAGACAGUAAUUUCUUCUACUAUUUCCAAGGCACUUACUUUGCUAUCUCCUGCCACAUUUAAGCCAAAGACUAACCAGCCUACUGUUUUGAUUGAAAUCACAUGUAAUUGAUGCUAAUUGUUUAACAGCAUAAAUGUAUAUAAUAGGCAGAGUUUUCAGAGUUGAUUCUGUAUUACUUAAACAAGUCAGGUUUAGAUAACGUUGCAUUUUCUCUUGAUAAAAUACUACUUUCCAGAAGCAUCAACUUGUGUUUUAAAUUGGUGGUUCAGAUGCUGCUUAUUACUUGUGCUAGUUAAUGAAGGGUAUGAGGUUUCUUAAUGCUUUUCCUAAUAACGCACAAGGUACUGACUGACUAAAAUUAUAAUUGGGGGGGUGGGGGGUGGUUAAUUCUACAUUUGGGUAGAAUUUACUGGUUAUGGCUUUACAAUACAAUUGAAGCCAAUUACAAUGCCAGUAAUUUUUCUGUCAACAUAUUUUGUAAGUAGUGCUUUCUUUUAAGUGGGGAUUUUUUUCCUUAAUCACUGAACCUCAUUUUGUCCAUUUGAUACUUAAGUUAUGGUCACUGUUUAAAUGGGGGCUUUUAAAUACACUAGGGGACAUAAAACAAUCAUGUUUACAGGUUGCUGGGGAAUAAUUUAUAUUGGGUGUGGACAAGCUACACUGAUGUCAGAUGUGCACUCAUUUUGGGUCGAAGUAAUCUUGCUGCAGAGCUUGAAUGUUGCUCUGCUUUACAAAGAUGCUGAGAGACUUUUGAAGUUUGUACUAAGUUUUUCUUGUCAAGAUUGCCAUUUGCUAAUUCUAGCUUUCCCUAAACCAUCUUGGUGCCCCAUUGCCUUGUGUUUCAUUGUAUCUCCUGUCUCAGAACACCAAUAAACUGUAGACCUGCUGAAAGACCUUGGACGAGGUGCAGAAUGAUGCAACUUCAGUUAAAUGAGAUACUUGCCAAUCAGGAAAAUGCAGAAGGUUUUUGACUAGCAGUUAUAGUAUGUUCACCACAGUGUUUUUUCAAAGGGUCAAUUCUGUUUUUCUAAGAGUUACAUGGUAUUAGCAGAUUUGACUUUUAUGCCAAUUAAUGGGUGUUUAUUUUUUUAGAUAAUCAUGCAUAAAAUGCACAGCUCCUAAAAUGCUUGGCCUUCAGGUGCAUCUUUAAUUAUUUGAAUGGUUCUUAUAAAGUAAAUUUUGGUAGACACUUUGAAUUACCAGAUGAAAUGUGCUGGGUUACUAGUCCUCAUCAUGACUCUAAAUGUUCUCAUUACAUCAGCAUUUUGCCAGCUUUUAUUCACGUUGCCAUUAAAAUUUUUUCACUGCUUCAUUGUUGCACCUUUCCACAUUGGUAGGAGGGAUCAGAAGGCCAGUCCUUUUCCAAUAAAUGCCACCAAUGGACUCCACACUCCCACUCCUUCAAACUAAGCUGAACCUCUUUUGUCAAAAUUCCAGCACUAAGUCUGAUUGUGGCCUAGUUUAAUUUCCACAUCUGUAAGUGUUUUUAUGUUGUGUGUUGCUUUUCAUAUAAUCUGAACAUAAAUGACACAUUGUAGUGACAGCAAGAAGCUUCUGAAAAGGUGAAUGUUGACAAAGGAAAUUGUAUUCUUUUGACAAAAAAAUAAUAUAUGGUUUUAUGUUGAAUGAUGAGUUAAUGAAUGAUGUCUUUUUGAAAGCAUUAAAAUUUUUAAUGUGAGUACAUCACUUUUAA